UGCCUUCACCAGCCUUCACUCGUAGCUGCGCCGUCCGCGGGUUGAUGUGAUUUUGUGUACUCGUUUCAUCUCACAGCUACUGGUUACAAUGUCGGACUCACAGCCCUCUUCGUCUACGUCGAGUAAGCGAUCAGAGCAAUUGGAGCGCUUACGCACUCUUCACAUGCGACGGAAUGAAGCCAGAACGCUGAACCACAAAGAAGUUGUCGAAGAGGACAGGAAAGCAAAAUUGCCAGCCAACUGCGAAAACAAGCAGAAGUGGGCACAGUAUAAACUGGAAGAGGAGCAGAAAUACGAGGAGGCUGCCAAGCGAGGUGAAGACUACUCACGGAUCAAACUGCUGAGCGUCAGUGCUGAUGAAGCAGAACGCUUUGAUCGUAAAAAGAAAAGGAAAAACCCCGACGUUGGUUUCUCGGAUUAUGAGGCCGCAACUGUCCGGCAGUACCAGCGUCUUGUGAAGCAGAUCAAGCCAGACUUCGAGCAGUACGAAAGAAAAAAGGAAGAAUUGGGUGAUGCAAUGUUUCCCACCAGAGACACUAUCAUCCAUGGCCUACAUAAAGACUCCAAGGAGGACAUAGACCGCCUGGUAGACGACAUUGAAAAACAGAUUGAAAAGAGGAACAAGUACAGCCGGCGACGACGCUUCAACGACGAUGAGGACAUUGACUACAUCAACGAGCGCAAUAUGAAGUUCAACAAGAAGCUAGACCGGUUCUACGGAAAGUACACGGCAGAAAUCAAGCAAAACCUUGAAAGAGGAACUGCUGUAUAAUGUUGCAGCUCUUGCGCAGCAAAUCUUUUUUUUUUCUACACACACACAUACUCAUAAGUGUAAACUAAUAAACAAGUACAUAC